CCUAAUUAUCUCCCAAAGGCCCUAUCUCCUAAUAUCAUCACAUUGGAGGGCAAGGUUUCAACAAUGAAUUGGAUACAAACAUUGAGUCCAUUAUAGGGACAUUUCUUAAUAUGAUUUUUGUCUCUCAAAAACAAAAAUGCAAAAUUGGGUAAAACAAUAAGCCCUGUGUAUAACAUUAUGAUCAUCAGUGAAUGGUCAAGGGAUCGGUAACAUUCAAAGAUGUGACUAUGGCCUUUACCAAGAAGGAAUGGGAGCAACUAGAUCCUGCUCAAAAGAGCCUGUACAAGGAUGUGAUGCUGGAGAAUUACAGCAACCUAGCCUCAUUGGUAGGGUAUCAAGCUCUCAAACCAGACAUGAUAUCCAAGUUGGGAAAAGGAGAAGAGCCAUGGCUGGGGAAGGGGAAAAGACCCAGACAAGGUGGUCUGAGUGAAAUAGCAAGACCCAAGGGAAUAGGAGCCAAUGGAAAAGAAGUCCAGCAAGAUGAUGACCAGCUAGAGAACCACCAGGAAUCUCAAAACAAACUCCUUGGGGAAGUUGCUUUCAAGAAAACAACUCUGACUAAGAAAAAGGGCCAUGAAUGUAGUUCAUUGGGGAAAAAAAAUGUGAGUACAAAAUACGUUCCUUCAAAAAAAAAGCUUCUUAAAUUUGAUUCACAUGGAAAGAAUUUAGACUUACCUGGUCAUGUAAGAAAUUAUGUAGAAAAGAAACCUGAUGUAGCUAAAGAGCAUACGAAAUCAUUCAGCCAUAGCUUAUCUGAUACAAAGAAAGACAAAAAUCAAACUGGAAAGAAAUGUGAGAAAUUACCCAACCAUAGCUCAUCUAAUAGGCCUGACAAAACUCAAACUGGCAAGAAACAUACUGAACGGGACAAAAUUCAAACUGGAGAAAAACAUAAGGAAUCAUCCAGCUGUAGCUCAUCUCCUACUAAGCGUGACAAAACUCAGAAUAAAGUGAAACCAUAUGAAUGUAAUGAAUGUGGGAAGGUUCUCAGCCACAAACAAGGACUCGUUGACCAUCAGAGAAUUCAUACAGGUGAGAAACCAUAUGAAUGUAAUGAAUGUGGGAUAGCCUUUAGCCAAAAAUCACACCUUGUUGUACACCAGAGAACUCACACUGGAGAAAAACCAUAUGAGUGUAUUCAGUGUGGCAAAGCCCAUGGUCAUAAACAUGCCCUCACUGACCAUCUGAGAGUUCAUACUGGGGAAAAGCCCUAUGAAUGUACUGAAUGUGGGAAAACCUUCAGACAUAGCUCAAACCUUAUUCAACAUGUGAGAUCUCAUACAGGCGAGAAGCCCUAUGAAUGUAAGGAAUGUGGAAAGUCCUUUAGGUAUAACUCAUCUCUUACGGAACAUGUGAGAACUCAUACAGGUGAAAUACCAUACGAAUGUAAUGAAUGUGGAAAAGCCUUUAAGUAUAGCUCAUCCCUUACUAAACAUAUGAGAAUUCAUACAGGUGAGAAACCCUUUCAAUGUAGUGAAUGUGGGAAAGCUUUCAGCAAGAAGUCACACCUCAUUAUACAUCAAAGAACUCAUACUAAAGAGAAACCCUAUAAAUGUAAUGAAUGUGGAAAAGCCUUUGGACAUAGCUCAUCUCUUACUUACCAUAUGAGAACUCAUACAGGUGAGAGUCCUUUUGAAUGCAAUCAAUGUGGGAAGGCUUUCAAGCAAAUUGAAGGUCUUACUCAACAUCAGAGAGUUCAUACUGGGGAGAAGCCCUAUGAAUGUAAUGAAUGUGGGAAAGCCUUUACCCAAAAGUCACACCUCAUUGUACAUCAGAGAACUCAUACUGGGGAGAAACCCUAUGAAUGUAAUGAAUGUGGAAAAGCGUUCAAUGCAAAGUCACAACUUAUUAUACAUCAGAGAUCCCACACUGGAGAGAAACCGUAUGAAUGUAAUGAAUGUGGAAAAGCCUUCAAACAAAAUGCAUCCCUUACUAAACAUAUGAAAACUCAUUCAGAAGAGAAAUCUCAUGAGUGAAAUUAGUGGGGGAAGUCUGAACUAAAGGUUUUAUUUAACCUUAGAAGUAUUCUAACUUUAAAGAAUGUUAGAAAGCUUUAACAAGAAGUCACACCAUCGUUACACAUGAGAGAAUUUGAAAAUGAAUCAUCACAUGGAAGAAAUGGAUGGAGAGUUUAAACCUGAUACUAAACCUUUUAGAUAAAAUAUUGUUUUAAAAAUAAUUACUAUAAAUGAUCUAUAUAUUCAGAUUGAAUAUAAAGCUUUUAAAAUUGUUAAUAAUUGAAUAAUCAGAGCACUAGAGAAACAAAUUACAUUUUCUGACAAUUCCUGAGUUGCUUGAGUGUUGUGUACUUAAGCACCACAUACGAGAAUUGAAUUUGCAUAUCUGUUUAUUGCCAUGUAUAAAUGUGUGUGACCAUUGGUAUGAGUUUUAUCUUUGAUGCUAUCACGCAGCUCUUUCUUAAUGUCUUUGCUAGUCUCUGCGUCAGCAGAAAACUUUAUAAAAGGGUUAUUAUCUAUGUUAAAAAAAAUGUUAACACAAAAUUAAGAGAAAAUGAAGGAAAUCAGCUGAGAACACACAGGUGCUGGUAGGGAAUGCUAUCCAAGAUAUAUUGUUGAGUGAAAAAAGCAGGUUGCUCAACUGCAUAUAUAGUUUGUUCCCACUUGUGUACAAAAGGGUGUGUGUGUUUUCCUGUCUGUCUGUGUGUAUGUAUGUAUGUAUGUGUGUAUAUAUACGUAUAUUUAUAUGUGAGUAGAUUGGUUUGAAAAAAUACAAAAGAAACUUAGUGGUUGCCAUUGGGCACAGGAGUACAGGAAUGGGGUCUGGGAUGGGAGGGAGACCUCCUUUUUAUUGUAUACUCUUUAAAUUUUUAACUCAUGUACAUAUAUUAUUUUCACAAUUAAAAUCCUUUUAAUAUGUAUAAAUGAAUACUAAUGAAAAUUUUCACUGAACCCACUCCACGAUGUUAUUUGACAAAGUAAGAGUUUCUAUGCUUAUUCAUGAAUGAGGAUAUGGUAUUAAAUUUGAUAUUGAAUUCACAAA